UCUCCCUGUUCCUGGGCACAAGGGAAAAAAGAGGGGAUCUAUGUAUGUAUGUAUUUUAAUACCACAUUCUUUUGUAUUUUUCCCCUGCAUAAAUCUGGUGAUGUAUCUUCUCUCAGAGGAUGAAGGGUAAUACAGGAGGAGUAAUUAAAACACUUACUUUGGAAAUGGGCUGCGUGGGGCUGAUAAGAAUUAUCUGCCGCAUAUCAAGGACCCUUUUUCCCCCGAACCAUAUCACAAAGACAGACAGAAAAUGCCAGCAGAAUAGGAUCCCCCCCCUCUUUUCCCUGCUCACAUUUUUACCUCCAUUAUGAUGAUAAUUCCUCUCCCGCGAAACUUUUCUCCUUCCCUUCCCGAACCAUAUUUCGUUACCCCACCACCCGCAGGGCCCCCACCGGACGGUCCGGCCUUUGUUUCUGUAUUAAUACGGUUUUCCUGCAGCCUCGGGCGGGGGUCCCGCCUGUCCCCCCCUCUGGAGGAUGGCGCCGCGCCCCCCGAGCCGCCUCUCCGCGACCCCCGCGCCCGUCAGCCCGGGCAGGAGCGGCCGAGGGGAGCGCAGCCCCGCGCACACACGCACCGGCAGGGAAACACCCGGCAGGUGAGGGCUGCCGGGCCAGGGCUGGGGAGCGCAAACAUUUCCCAAAAUAUUCGUUCUGGCUGGAUUUCUUAGCGCUCUACGAAAUCUGUAUUUUACCGUCUGUUUCCUAGCUAUAACAACGACUCGGCGUGUAAUAUUUGCUUGUGCCUCUUCCAGCUUCUCUUGCUGCCUCACUUACGUGCAGGUGCAUAGCCCGAAAGGCUGAAUUUGGAAGGGAAAGGUGUGAGAAGAAGCAUGAGGUUAUGCAAAAACCAGGCUGGUCUAUGUAAAAAAAUCCAAGAGUCCCAUUUCCUUCACUAGAGAGGGAAAGAAAAUUAAUACGACUAGGAGUAAUUUAUAGGAAUAAUUGAUCCGACGAAGCGUCUCCCCCCCAGCCCACCUUCCCUGGGUUCAGAGGAAGAAACGAGAGGCUCGGGAGAGGCUGGGGCUGCGGCGCCGAGCCCGGAGCCCGGUUUCCCUGCGCCUGGGAUGUGAGUGCGUGUUGUUGGUAUAAUAUCAAUUCAUUUAAAAUAUGAAAGUCAAGUCGCGUAGACUGUGACAGCAACCGUAACAAAAGGUGCAAGCAACAGACAAUGUGAUGUGCUUGUACAGAUAUUGUAAUGAUGCAAAUGAAGUGGAGGGGACGAGCUGCCGUAUUAUGUACAUAAAUACACAGCGGCUCGCUGUGCCAUCCGCGAAUGCAGGAGAGUGAGAGAGAGAAGGGGAGGGAAAGAAGGGAGAGAGGAAAGGAGAGGGAGGGAGGAGGGAGGAAGGGAAGGGGGGAAGGAGGGAACGGAGGAAAAAAAAAAAAAAAGGGCUCAGCUCGGAGCUGCUGCCAGUUUGAGGCAGCGCAGGCGGCAGCCCCUCGGCCGGGCUGCGCGCACCCUCCGCCCGCGGCACCGCCGCUCCCGGCGAGGGCAGCUCCGGCCGCCGAGCCCUCCCAGCCCGCGGCACCACCGGCGCUUCCCCUGCACCGUGCGGAGAACUGAAAGGAAAACGAGGACAGCCGGGAGAGGCAAGGUGCUGCCCUGGCGCUUCCCCGGACCUGCCUCCUCUCCCCGCCUGUUGACAGAGGGACACGCUGACUUCUGGGGUCCUCUCCCACGCCUCAGAGGGCGCGCUUCAGUCACCCGGCGGUUUUCUUUCUAAGAAAAGCCACCCCAAUAUCUUAAAACCCACCAGGCAGCGUCAAAAGCGACCCCCCGAGCAGCGCUCCCCGCCCCCACCGAGCGCCGCUCGCUCCUGGCCCGGGGGUGGGUGAAAGGGGAGGCCCAAGGCCAUGGAGGUGGCCACGGAUCAGCCUCGCUGGAUGGCCCACCACGCCGUGCUCAACGGGCAGCACCCCGACAGCCACCACCCCGGGCUGCCUCACAACUACAUGGAACCAGCGCAGCUCCUACCUCCGGAUGAAGUCGACGUCUUCUUCAACCACCUGGACUCCCAGGGCAACCCUUACUACGCCAAUUCCGCCCAUGCCCGGGCCAGGGUCUCCUACAGCCAGGCGCACGCCCGCCUGACCGGGAGUCAAAUGUGCCGGCCUCAUCUUAUCCACAGCCCCGGGAUCCCUUGGCUGGACAGCAGCAAGGCGGCACUGUCUGCCCAUCACCACAACCCCUGGACCGUCAGCCCCUUCACCAAGACACCCCUGCACCCCUCGGCGGCGGGAGCGCCUGGGGCCAUCUCGGUGUACCCGGGCAGCAGCACCUCCAGCACCGCCUCCGUGUCUUCGCUCACCCCGGCCUCGCACUCCGGCUCCCACCUCUUCGGCUUCCCCCCGACCCCUCCCAAGGAAGUGUCACCAGACCCCAACUCCACCAGCGCCGCCUCCCCUUCUUCCUCCGCCGGGGCUCGGCAGGAGGACAAAGACAGCAUCAAGUACCAAGUGUCGCUGUCGGAGGGGAUGAAGAUGGAGAGCGCCAGCCCGCUCAGAAGCAGCCUCACCAGCAUGGGGGCCCAGCCCUCCACCCACCACCCCAUCCCCACCUACCCCUCCUACGUGCCGGCAGCCCACGACUACAGCAGCAGCCUCUUCCACCCGGGCAGCUUUCUGGGGGGCCCCGCGUCCAGCUUCACCCCCAAGCCGCGGAGCAAGGCCCGGUCCUGCUCGGAAGGCAGAGAGUGCGUGAACUGUGGAGCCACUGCCACCCCUCUCUGGAGAAGAGACGGCACCGGGCAUUACCUGUGCAACGCCUGCGGGCUCUACCACAAAAUGAACGGCCAAAACCGACCUCUCAUUAAGCCCAAGCGAAGGCUGUCAGCGGCCAGGAGAGCGGGGACUUGUUGUGCCAACUGUCAGACAACCACCACGACCUUAUGGCGACGUAAUGCAAACGGGGACCCAGUUUGUAAUGCCUGUGGACUCUACUAUAAAUUGCACAAUGUGAACAGGCCUCUGACCAUGAAAAAGGAAGGAAUUCAGACCAGGAAUAGGAAAAUGUCCAACAAAUCAAAGAAAAGCAAGAAAGGCUCUGAGUGUUUUGAGGAACUGUCCAAGUGCAUGCAGGAGAAGUCGUCUCCCUUCAGCGCUGCUGCCCUUGCCAGUCACAUGGCACCCAUGGGGCAUUUGCCCCCUUUCAGCCACUCUGGACACAUCCUACCAACACCUACCCCCAUCCACCCAUCUUCCAGCAUCUCAUUUGGACACCCACACCCAUCCAGCAUGGUUACAGCCAUGGGAUAAAACCUGAUGACCAAGAGACCCAUCCAGAUAUUAAGAACAUGGGACUUUGCCUAAGAUGACACCAAGUAAGACAAGGUUCUGCCAAGAGGAGAAUGUAGGGAUGGCAAAAGGAGACCUUUGCUCCCAUGUGGUUAACUUUUAAUGCUGGACUAAAACUUGCAAAUGAUGGGUCUUCUGCAGAAAUGUGUAGUGGUGCCUGUAAUGCACUUUGCCCCCUCAGGUAUAAGAAAAAGGAACUCACCUGUUCGAUACUUAAUGGUCCAGCAGGAAGCAAAAGAUGGCAGAAGCUGAAAGAGAAGGCUUGGAACUGGUUUUCCUUUCUCUCUUUGUUAUUACUGUGAAUAUUGUAAAGAGAUAUAAGCAGCCUCCCGGGAUGGAAUUGGCUCACUGGAAGCCAGGCAUGCUGGAUUUCUAUUGCGGACUUUGCUUGGGAUAGGGGAAAGAAAAGAAGAAAAAAAGCCAAAAAAGAAAAGUAGAAAAAAAAUCAAGAGAAAGAAAAGGGCAUCUUUAUUAAACCAUAAGUUUUAAAAUCAGACACAAAAUCAUAUUUAUUUUGUUUUCCACAAAAAGCCUCAACCCCUCUGAUUGCAUGUUUUUGUGCUGUCAUUUGCAAUGGCUACCCUGUAAGAAAAGCUGCCUUCAAAACAAGGAGAGGGGAAAUGUACUCAACAGCCCUCUUGGAUUAGCUCCAUCUAUCUUCCAUACCAAAGUUACCAGGAAGGGGGAAAGGAUUGCGAGGGCGAGGAACAAAGCAAAAAUGUAGCCGUAAUUCGGGAUUUUAAUAUACCCAAGAUGGUGAUUAUUUUGACACAAUUCCUUCAUUCUUCUCCCUAACAUGAAAGAUUUAUUUUAAAAAGAGCCCCUCUCCCAACUACCCUAUUGUUCCUCAAACCAGACAACCUAGGUCAGAAAAACUGUUGGGAAAAAACUCUGGGGAAGGCAAUCCUGCACUAGCAAGGGGUGGAUAGCUGCAACACAAUUUUGGUAAAUGCCUGUAGAAGUUCUAACACAGCCAAAACUAUAAUGGGGCACGAAACCCAUCCUGCUCGCAGACUUUGGAGGUUGAAGCAUUUUGUUCUGUUGUGUUGGCAGCUGUCGCUUAAAAAUGCAGAUUAGCUGCUUGGGUAAACUUUGGGCAGUGCGGGCACCACAUGCACAUGCAGCCAGCCCUGCUGUCUCAGGCACCCAGCCCCGGUGGAGCCCACCGGGAGGAAGGGCAGAAAUGAGGCUGAGAUCACUGGAGAGGGGAAAAGAGAGACAAUCAGUUUGAGCUUCACACAUCCAUCAAAUCCCAGACACAGAGACAGCUGAGGGAAAGCAUCGUUCUAAGGGGAACGUCUGUUUUCCGUAGCGGAUUUUAUAUGAAAACAAGAAAAGAACAAAAAAAAAAAAAUUAAAUCUCCCAUUAUGAAACCAUAUUGUACGUAAAUGACCGAACACAAAGCUAUUGCCAAUGUGAAGUGUAUUCUAUUGAUUGUUAUGAUCUGAUGCCUCUCGUGAACACAAGCUCCAGUAUAACAUAAGGUGUACAUAUUUAGGUAUACUUCUGAUGAAAAUGCCCCAAUGAACAGAGGGGUUUGAUAAUGUAAACCACGUAAGCUUAACUCGUGAAAAGCUUUUUAUUUUAUUUUUUUAAAUUUUAACUAUUUUGUUGUUGGGUUUUUCUUUUUCCUUUUUUUUUUUGUUUUUUGGAUCAAGCCAAAUUGUAUCUUUACUGCAAAAGUCCUGCUUUAAAGAAAAAAACAGAAUGAAACAAAAAAAGGAUGUAUGUAAAUUUUUUUAAGCCUGUAAUUUUUAAGCCUACUAAAAUGUAGUAUUUUAUAAUUAAGAACCAAGCAGCCAUGAAAAUCCUGCUUUCCUCUUUUUUUUUGGUCUGUGUAGGCAUAUAGGUGCACUUUGUAAAGAAGUGGAAAUAAAUGGGAAACUAAAUUGGUUGAGAGAAAUCAUAAGAAUUUUUAAUCUACUGAGGUAAAAAAUUAGGUCCUUUUUACUUUUUACCUUUUACAAUGGUACAGUUGUACAUUAUUUGUACCCAACUUAAAUUUCUGUAGGAUUUGGGCAGAGGGGAAGGGGUGUGGGUGAAAGACAGGGAUUACUGAUACAGUUGACAAAGUGCAAUAUAUUGUCAGUCACUGCAGCAUAGACAACAGCAGUUGAGAUUUAAAUUAUUUUGUACUUGUAUCAGCAUAAAAAAAUUCUUCAGUAUUUUCUGUUUUUAUUUUAAUUUUUAUUUUGCUUAUUUUUGGAUUAGUGAACUAAAUUAUUGUUAAUUAUGUACAACAUGUUUAUAUAUUGUCUGUAAAAAGUGUAUGCUUUCCUCAUAUUCCUUCAAGGUGAAUAUUGCUAAGAAUAAUAAAUACCUUUUUUGUGAAA